AUGGCCCGUCUCCUGAACAAAGUAGCUCUGAUUACCGGUUCCUCGUCAGGAAUGGGAAGGGCGAUUGCCCUUCGUUACGCAAAAGAGGGCGCACACAUCGUCUGCGCAGAUCUAUCGCUAACCGCUCGAUCCUUAGUCCCCGAAGAGGCCGAGAUAACCACCCACGACGCUAUUAUCCAAGCAGGCGGACGAGCCAUCUAUGUCCAAACAGACGUCAGCGAAGCCCAACAAUUUGAACGAGCGGUACAAACAGCGGUAUCCGAGUUCGGCCGGCUGGAUAUUUUAGUCAACAACGCCGGAAUCGCCACAGAUACCCGGAAUCCGACUCGAGUCCACGAAACAGACGAACAUGCCUGGGACACGAUGCUGCGGGUCAACACGACGUCGGUCUUCCUUGGCUGCAAGUAUGGGAUCGCGCAGAUGUUGAAGCAGGAGCCUCAUUCUUCCGGGGAUAGGGGCUGGGUGAUUAACCUAGCGUCGAUAUGGGGGCUGGUAGGGGGGCUGGGUUCUCCGGCUUAUUGUGCGUCCAAAGGAGCUGUUGUCAAUUUGACUAGGCAGAUGGCGCUGGAUUAUGGCCCUGAUCGCAUCCAUGUGAAUGCUAUCUGUCCGGGGUUCAUAUGGACAGCUAUGACACGCGAUCUUGAGGAGGCUUCACCUCAUGCAAUAGAAUCACUACAUCAGAAACAUCCCCUGAAAGGGUUUGGAUAUCCAGAUGAUGUUGCCCGGAUGGCGGUGGUUCUGGCUAGCGACGAUGCCAGCUUGGUGACGGGGGUUGCUUUGCCGGUUGAUGGGGGAUACACUGCUCAAUAG